GGUGAAGGAAGAUGCUGGGGACGGCAUGGUCCGCACAGACCAACGACGCGCACUUCGUUCUGGACGACAAAGAGCUCCAUGACGUUUCUCAGAAGGUCCAAUCCCACAAAUCGUUUCGAAAGGACUACUUGGCGUACUGCAAAGUCCUCAACGUGACCCCACACCCAAAGCUAUGCCCUCGGCUCGAUGAAGAGGACAAAGACUUACUUGUCCAAGGGUAUGACGAAUCCGACGUCGACACUGUCAGUGUGCGCAACUGGAUGGUCGACACCGCCAGUCUUAAGGUGAUGUCUCUAGCUCUCCACAAUAGCACUGCCAUUCACACAGUCAAGCUAUUUAAUGUCGCGCUGUCCGUGGACCAACUCUCGCUCGUGUGCGAAAAAUUCCCCGCGACGUCCAUCAAGACACUCCAGAUCGAGUGGAAUUCCAUUGCGCCAACACUGUUAGUUGCUUCACCCGACUCUCCCGAUCUCACGACGUGCUAUGCAAAGUUGCUGUCGCCUCAGUCGUCGUUGACAAGUCUGUCGUUGCGCGCGAAUGGCAUCACUUCUAUAGGCGGAGCAGCGAUCGCUGAAGCACUCAAGACCAACACCAAGCUCGCCGUGCUCAAUCUCUUCCGCAAUGACUUGGCAGACGAUGGCGCCGCCGCCCUCGCGUACGCUCUGCCGGACAACAAGACCCUCAUGCAUCUGUCUGUUGCGAAUAACAACAUCUCGGCCACGGGGGCAAUGUCGUUGAUUCGCGCCAUAACGCGAUACGUACUUCGCGAAGACCAGCUCCAGCAUGCGGCCGACGUCGAAGUCCAAAUCCAGGCCGCGCUGGACGCUGCCAAGAAGCAAAAGAAGAAGCUCGAGCGCGCGGACGUGAUCAAGGAGCUUAAUCUCCCUGACACUGAAACGAUCGACGGUGUCAUGUACGGCGUUGGCAACGCCACAUUGCAAUCGCUGACAAUCAGCGGAAACAACCUCACGUCGUACGAUGACCUCCAGCCGCUCAACAAGCUGUUGGAAGACCACCAUGCAAAACUGAAGACGCAUUUGCAUGUCGUCAAGGCCCAGCGCAUGUUUCCUCGAAACGCAUCCAGCCCCAAGCCACUGUCCGAGUUCCUCCUGUUGUAAAGAAUCCACAAGUUGUGUACGCUCAAUGGGAUUUCGUUAUGUCGCCAACUGGAGACAGGAGGGACAUGACACGCGGAUAGAUGCACACCAGCAUGAACGACAGCAAAGCGAUGGCAACAACAAUCAAUGGGACUGCGCUUCGGGGCAAGACUUUUAGCACGACCUCUUCGAGAAGGAUGUCAAACUCCGUCCGCCGGGCAUCCAACUCUGCUUGUGUUAGGAUGUAGGAAACACCUUCGACUUGCAUUGAGACCUGUGGCACACCGUCAUCAAUGGGAUUUGUGGGCAUCGUUAUGAUACCUCCACGAACGCAACUUCGCCAGCAACGCCGCGGACAAACGUUUUUUCGGUGUUUAACAUGCGUCGCAUGUUCGUGUAGUGUGCACGGUCUCGGUGCAAUGAUUCGCUUGAGUCGAGGAUACGUAGUGUAAACUUGCUCGGCGUUGUCGCUCGGUAUGACAGCUUCACUUCGUAUGACAUGUCGGGGUCUGUUCGGAGCUCAAAUAUUACAGGUUGGUUGGGGUAAAUUACUUGGCGCGUUUCCAUUCGGUUCGGGUACAGGACCGCUGCAUUAGAGGACGCGUCAAUGCCAUAGAGUAGAAUCGCCGACAGAGCGGCGGCGAACGAUGUCCAUCGUGGCGCCAUUGUG